AUGGCCCCCGUCAUACCACCCCCGGGCGCCGGCGCCGGCGACAUCCUCCCCGAGCUGGACGCACUACUCUCCGCCACGCCGACGCCCACUACGCCGCCCUCCGCCGCGUCCGACGCCGACGAUAACCACUACCAACUGCUCCGCGCGCGGCAAUCAGCCCCCACGGCAACCGUCACUGUCGUCUCCGGCAGCGGCGACAGCGGCGACAGCGGGGGCAGCUCCGCCACGACGCUGAGCGGCGGCGCCAUCGCGGGCAUCGUCAUCGGCUCCAUCGCGGGCUUCCUGCUCCUCGUGUGGAUCUACCGCUCGUGCUUCAACAUCGGCGCCCCGCCGGGCGAGGACCGCGAGGCGUGGUACCACGACGUCGACCCCAAGCGCUCGCCGCACCGCCAUCACCACCACCACAGCUACACCCACAGCCGCCCGCGCCACGGCGGCGGCCACCACCACCGUCACCACAGCCGCCGCCGGUCGUCCCUCUCCUCCACCAUGUCCACGCCCCCGCCCGUCGUCGUCCGCGAGACGUCCAGGACGCAGCCCGUGUACGUGUCGCGCGGCAGAGACAGGGUGUCGAGGUCCAGGGGGAGGCAGUACUGA